AUGCAAAGAUUUGAUUCACCACCGAUCAAACGGAAAGUGGUGAUCACAUCUUCAACUAACCAUAAUACAAGUACUCAACUCAAAAAUGCACAUACUCAAAUUACAAAGCGUAAGAGAGAUUUUUUGAAUCGAAUCAACUAUUCAAAUGCAUUGACAGCGGUAGUCCUCCCAGGUUUGUCUGUGCUAUAUUUGUGUGCCUUUUAUCCUAAUCAUCAAUUUCCGAAUGUAGCAACAUGGAUUUUCACAUUUAUAUAUUUCAAUUUCACAAUUUUGGCAUUUACUUGUGGAUAUCAUAAAUAUUAUGCCCAUAAUUCGUUUCUGACGAAUUCAUUAAUACUUCAGCUUUAUUUUGUGAUAUUUGGAAGUUCAAUUGGGUUAGGUCCUAUUAGAUGGUGGGCUUCGUUACAUCGUGCACAUCAUAGAUUUACUGAUGAUACUGAAAGAGAUCCAUAUUCAAUUAAAAGAGGCCUUUUGUGGGCUCAUUGGGGCUGGUUAUUGAAAAAGCCUAAAAUUGUAACAUUCUAUGAGGAAUUUAUGGAACAAGAAUUUCCUAAAUUUUUGAAACCUAUAGAUAUUUCCAAUGAUUUAAAUGAAGUUAUCGAUAAUAAUGAAUUUAAUCUAAAUGAUGUUGAAUUGAAUACCCCAUACAACUUUAAACUUGUAUCUACUCAAUCAAAUUUUUACAUGAUUUAUUUCAUUGUAACUUCAAUAAUGGUCCCAAUAAUGGUUGCAAAAUUUGUCUGUAAAGAUUCAAUUCUUAAUGGGGUAUUAUUCCCAGGAAUUUUAAGAAUGUUUUGUUCUCAACAGUGUAUACUCCUUACAGAAUCGAUUUGUCAUAAACCAAUGCUUUUAACAAUCCCAGGUCAACCAUUUAAUGAAAAAAAUUCAUCUCAAAAUUGUCAUAAUCCAUUAAUUUCAAUUUUAACUUUUGGUCAAUCAUAUCAAAAUUAUCAUCAUGAAUUCCCAAGAGAUUAUCGUAAUAAUUCUUCAGUACUAAUGUUUGAUCCAACCAAAUGGUGUAUUUGGACUUUAUAUCAAAUUGGUUUAAUUGAAGAUUUAUGUAAAACUCCAACGGAGUUAGAAACUCAAUUAAGAGUUCAACAACAACAACUUGUGAUUAAUCGAGCCAAGAGUCAAUUAAACUGGGGUACUCCAAUUUCGAAACUUCCCUUAAUUACUCCACGAGAUUUUAAACGUAUCAUGGCAUCUUCUAAUCAUAGUGAUCGUUGUUAUAUUGUAAUUCUGAACAUCAUUCAUGAUAUUACUCCAUUUAUGGAACAACAUCCAGGUGGAGUUCAAUUAUUGAAGGCUUCGCAUGGGAAAGAUGCUACUAGUGCCUUUUUCGGUGGUGUUUAUAGACAUCUGACUGCAGCCAGUAAUUUAUUGGCUACAAUGAGAAUUGGUGUUUUGGAUGUUGGUAAUGAUGAAGAAGUAUGGAGAAGGGCAGUUAAAGAAGAAGGAAAUAUACAAGAUGGAGAGUCAAGAAAGAGUGGGCAAUAUCGUACAGCAGAAGCUGCAUAA